CGGUCACCUGAGCUCCGGGCGACGAGACUGCGGUAGUUGGGUGACUAGCCGCCUUUCUGGGGUCCCUGCUCGCCACCCCACCCUCUCUGCCUGCUCAGCGCCCCGGCCCUCUGGAAACCUCCAGGGCCUGUCCUUCGCCUCCCGCCUCGCCCAGCUGCGGGCCGAACCGGGCCGGAUCGGGCCGCUCGGGCGCGGUCCCCGACCAUGGCGUCCCUCUUCAAGAAGAAGACCGUGGACGAUGUGAUAAAGGAACAGAAUCGAGAAUUACGAGGUACACAGAGAGCUAUAAUCAGAGAUCGAGCAGCUUUAGAGAAACAAGAGAAACAGCUGGAACUAGAAAUUAAGAAAAUGGCCAAGAUUGGUAAUAAAGAUGCUUGCAGGGUUUUAGCCAAACAGCUGGUUCAUCUGCGGAAACAGAAAACAAGAACCUUUGCUGUAAGUUCCAAAGUGACUUCUAUGUCCACACAAACAAAAGUGAUGAAUUCCCAGAUGAAGAUGGCGGGAGCAAUGUCCACCACAGCCAAAACAAUGCAGGCUGUUAACAAGAAGAUGGAUCCGCAGAAGACUUUACAAACCAUGCAGAAUUUCCAGAAGGAAAACAUGAAAAUGGAAAUGACUGAAGAAAUGAUCAAUGAUACACUCGAUGACAUCUUUGAUGGCUCUGAUGAUGAAGAAGAAAGCCAAGAUAUUGUGAAUCAAGUUCUUGAUGAAAUUGGAAUUGAAAUCUCUGGAAAGAUGGCCAAAGCUCCGUCAGCGGCCCGGAGUUUACCAUCCGCCUCUACUUCAAAGGCAACAAUCUCUGAUGAAGAAAUUGAAAGGCAACUCAAAGCUUUAGGAGUAGAUUAGACCACAGAAUCGUCACAUUUUUGCUUAUUGAAUAUUAUUUAAUAUAAACCAGGCACAGUGCAGAUUCUUUUUACAAAACAAGUUUAUUUUGCAAAACUUAAGACCAUGAGUGAACAGUUGUUUCCUAAUCCAUGGCUAUUUUGUAUCUUUUGCCAAAGAAUGACAAUGACGCAAAAAUGGGAACAGUUUGGAUUUUAAUUCUAACUAUAUAGGAGUGAUGAUGUGUAAAAAGUUGACAUUUUUUCUGCACAACCUGAGAAAUUGUACUCCUUACUUAGUGCCAGUUUAUGUUCUAAGUCUUUCUACAAUGGACAAAAAAUCUUGUUAAUUGCCAUUGGGCACCAACUUAAAAAGACUUGUAAAAAUAUUAAAAGUAUAUCAUUAA